AAAUCAGCUAUGAGAACAGCCAUGGAAAUUCAACAUCCGAACCCAAGAAUCAAGAUCCCCAUCUCAUCCAACAAAUUCUCAAUCACUCUUCUCGCAGACAUUGUGAGAAGAAAGCUCUGUAGAAAACAUGGGCGCUCUUCUCAAGCUCGUCGACGCCCUACUAUUCCUCGUCUUCCUCCUACUCGCAUUCAUAUCACCUCUAAUCGAUUUCCAGCUUAUUUUCCCUCAAACCCUUUUCCCUGAUUUUCUCAUAGAUCUUAAAGCCUCCUACAUCCACCAAUACGGGGACUAUUUAAUGGCAGAAUCCCCUCCCUUCGUCGUUGGCCUCGUUUGGCUUGAGCUUCUCUUUCAAUGGCCUCUUAUGCUUCUCAAUCUCUACGCCUUCUUGGCUUCCAAGCCAUGGUACAACACCACUUGCUUGAUCUAUGGCGUUUCUGUUGUGGCUUCCAUGUCUGCUAUAUUGGGUGAAAUGGUUGGGUCGAACCGAGCAUCAACUACUCUGUUGACAAUAUACUAUCCUUUCUUGGGUUUUGGAGUUUUGGCCAUGCUACGCGGGCUUGUGUCGUGCUCGAGCAAGGCUACGGUUACCGGCACCAGACCAUCAAAUGGCAGGAAAAAGAGGGCUUGAACAGCCAUCCUCAAUCGCCAAAGGAGUGCAUGUAUUGCCUUUUCUGCAGCCGAUUCGGGUUCCUUUAGGUAUUGGUACAACUCUGGCUAUGGAUCAUUCAGCAUUUGCCUCUUUAACAUUCUAUUAGUGUUUCAUCGUAUGAGUAGUAACGGUUCAAAGGGACCCUUUUGAAUUUUGAAUGAGAAUAAGGCCAAUGAGCUUAAGAUUUGAGAAUGGAGAUGAAAGCUGACCAAAAUUCUUGACUGGAUUGAAAUACUUAUUGGUUUUAAACUUAUGUUAAACCAAGUUGAAAUA